GACACCAUGGGCGACCACAAGCGGCUGUGCGGGCCAGCGGCGCCAAAGCGCGGGCCGGUGGGCAGGAACUGCGGGCCGGGGUACAAAGAGAAUCUACCUUCCAAGUGUUUCAGAAAGCACGAGCACAGGCCGACAUGCCCCACCUCCCUGAGCAGCCUGCGAUGGACGUUUCUGAAGAAGGAAGUGGAUGACUUCAGGAAAGGCUGCCCGCCUUGUGAGGGUCUGAUCACUCGGGGUCCUCCGGAAGCCUUUCUCCCCCAGAUUCAUCCUGCAGCUCCUCGACCUGCCCCAAAGAAGAGGCAGCACAGGUGGCGCACGGAAGCGGCCCUGCUUCCCAGGUUCUCGCCAGCCCAGCGGGCGCGGAAGGCCUUCCUGGCAGACGUUCAAGCCCGGCUGACCCCACACCCCUUGGCUCUCUACCCAAAUCUGGGGGAAGACAUGCCUGUCGAGAUGGCUUCCACACCUCCGGGCAUCGAGUCUGUCUCUCAAACAAGGAGGGGGAAUGGAGCUAAGCUCUUAUUAAAGGUGCUGGAAGUGCUGGAUCCGGACAGGAAACUGGAGGACAUGUGGGCUUACUGUCAGGGCAUCAAGAAAAGAACAGAGGAACCGGCAAAACUUUUAAAAAAACGUUCUACCCAAAUCUACCCGAGACUUCCCAAGAAGCCUCCUGUGUUGCAUCCAGGUCAAUGGCUUUAUAAAGAAAAGAAGCCAAGUGAAACAGAUUUGCUCCACCAAGAUGGUCCUCUUCUUCAUGAAAAUGUACGCAAAGGAGUUAGUGAUUUCUGCAACUGGGCUACUUCUUUUGGAAGUUCAAACAUUGAUGAAGAGUUCAUCCUAAAACAGUUUGACAUUGACUAUCAGAGCAAACCAAACCAAGAUGUGCACACAAUGAGACUCAACCAGGUUCCUCUGGAGCUAAAAAGAGUGGGGCUAAAGAAACUGCAAGAACCACAAUUUCCCCAGAACCUAGACUAUCAGCUGAAACACCAGAAACUGCAGAAUCCUUAUAAACCAAAGCGUGUGAAAAUGAGGUAUGGAGCAUGGUACCUGGACACCAAGUUGUGGAAAAAGCAAAGAGCAGAUGAACCUUUGGUUGACCCCAAGGUCUCAUGUAAAGCUCAAGAUGAGAAGUUUAAAAAGGAGCUGCAGGAACAGGAGGAGUUACUUGCAGACCUUCACGGAACAACUGCCUUUAAAGAUUUCAUUCUAAGCAGAGGCUACAGGAUGCCAAGUUGGCAUGAACUAAAGAGAGAUGACGGCCCUGACUGCAGCGGAGUCCUCUGAGAACCCCUGUCAUUCAGAACCCUGGAACAUCUUUUCUUCCUUUGUUAUUAUGUCCUGUAUCGUCUAUUCUAUCAAUAAAAUUUCAACUAAAUGAGA